CCCCAAAUCAUCCAAGAUACUUAUUCUCAAGUUUUGUGCUCCUGAGACUAUUUAGGGCUGCAAAAAAUGAUAUCCCCAGGAAGGUUGCGCCAAAGGCGCUCCCUUGCCUACGCGGUGGUGUUUUGCUUGAUAGCCACCAGUGUAGUUGCUGAUAAACCUUAUAUUUAUGCUUCCCCACCACCGCCUUAUAUUUACAAAUCCCCACCUCCACCAUCUCCAUCGCCACCUCCUCCCUAUGUUUACAAGUCCCCACCACCACCUUCUCCACCGCCACCUCCACCUCCUCCAUCUCUAUCGCCACCACCUCCAUACGUUUAUAAGUCCCCACCUCCAGCAUCUCCAUCAACACAACCUCCGUAUAUUUACAAGUCUCCACCACCACCUUCUCCAUCGCCACCACCUCCUUAUGUUUAUAAGUCCCCACCUCCACCUUCUCCAUCGCCACCUCCCCCAUAUGUUUACAAGUCCCCACCUCCACCUUCUCUAUCGCCACCACCUCCCUACAUUUACAAGUCUCCACCACCACCUUCUCCAUCGCCCCCACCUCCCUACAUUUACAAGUCUCCACCACCACCUUCUCCAUCGCCACCACCUCCCUAUAUAUAUAAGUCCCCACCUCCUCCAUCUCCAUCGCCACCACCUUCGUAUGUUUACAAGUCCCCACCACCACCGUUUCCAUCCCCACCUCCUCCAUAUGUUUACAAGUCUCCACCACCACCGUCUCCAUCCCCGCCACCUCCUUAUGUUUAUAAGUCCCCACCUCCCCCAUUUCCAUCGCCACCUCCCUCGUAUGUUUACAAGUCCCCACCUCCACCUUCUCCAUCGCCUCCACCUCCCUACAUUUACAAGUCUCCACCACCACCUCCAUAUGUUUACAAGUCCCCACCUCCUCCAUCUCCAUCGCCGCCACCCCCGUAUGUUUACAAGUCCCCACCACCACCGUCUUCAUCCCCACCACCCCCGUAUGUUUACAAGUCUCCACCACCACCGUCUCCAUCGCCGCCACCUCCUUAUGUUUAUAAGUCCCCAACUCCCCCAUCUCCAUCGCCACCUCCUCCAAAUGUUUACAAGUCCCCACAUCCACCUUCUCCAUCGCCACCACCUCCCUACAUUUAUAAGUCCCCACCUUCUCCAUCUCCAUCCUUACCACCUUCGUAUGCUUACGAGUCCCCACCACCACCAUCUCCAUCUCCACCACCUCCAUAUGUUUACAAGUCCCCACCCCCUCCAUCUCCAUCGCCACCGCCUCCAUAUGUUUACAAGUCCCCACCUCCCCCAUCUCCAUCGCCACCAUCUCCCUACAUUUACAAGUCCCCGCCACCACUACCUCCCUACAUUUACAACUCCCCACCACCACCACCACCACCACCAUCUCCUUCUCCACCACCUCCAUAUGUUUACAAGUCCCCACCUCCACCAUCGCCAUCGCCACCGCCUCCCUAUGUUUACAAGUCCCCACCUCCCCCAUCUCCAUUGCCACCGCCUCCAUAUGUUUACAAGUCCCCACCUCCCCCAUCUCCAUCUCCACCACCUCCCUACAUUUACAAGUCCCCGCCACCACCAUCUCCCUCUCCGCCACCUCCAUAUGUUUACAAGUCCCCACCUCCACCAUCUCCAUCGCCGCCACCUCCAUAUGUUUACAAGUCCCCACCUCCACCAUCUCCAUCGCCGCCACCUCCAUACGUUUACAAGUCCCCACCUCCACUAUCUCCAUCCCCACCACCUCCGUAUCUUUACAAGUCACCACCUCCUCCAUCUCCAUCUCCAUCUCCAUCUCCACCACCACCUUAUAUAUAUAAAUCCCCACCUCCUCCGUUCCCUUCUCCACCACCUCCCUAUUAUUACAUAUCUAUGCCUCCCCCAAGUAAGUCACCACCACCCCAUUACUAUUACAAAUCCCCACCUCCGCCAAAGCACAAGGAGCAUUGAAUUCAUUACUAUUACAAAUCCCCACCUCCACCAAAGCACAAGGAGCAUCCACUACACUAUCAUAAGUCACCACCAUCUCCAUCUGCUAUGCCAAAAUACUA